AUGAGUGCGCCUGUUCAAGCACAGUCGAUAUCCUCACUGAACAAUCUUUUUGCGAAUCCGCCGCAAUAUCCUCGAAAUCCUACUCAUGAAGUACACAAAUCUCUGGUGCUCUACAUCGUCCGGGUCCCAGGCAGUCAAGAUGUCUUCCUCACACCUCUCAAACCACCUACGAAAGCCUCCGUAAGCAUCGAGGCAGUUCAAUCCAGCCUAUAUUUUCUUCAUGUUGAAAGACCCGAGGACGAGGAGCUGAGAAAAUCAUUGGAGGCUACCAAGAUCACCGAAGUUCGCGACGAUGAUGUCUCCUCGAUUCAGAGGAAACCACUUCCUCCCACCCCCCAUGCGAAUUAUCCUGCCUCCCAGCGACCUGCCGCUCCUCCCAAGAGCUAUCCUCAUUAUCAGCCGGCGCUGAAGGGUGUGGAAAAUGCGACACAAGCCGGACGAUUUGCUGCCCGUGGCACCCAUCUGAAAUUGACCCCUCCAGACACGACGAAUGCUACUGGUAUGGUUCGCAAACCCGUGGGUGCCCGGUCAAUGCCAGCACGAUCCCAUUUCGAGACAUCCUCUGCCAUCAAAGAUUGGGACAGCGGAGAUUCGCCGAGUCCUAUCGAACACGCGCAAGGACAGUUCAGACUGGCCAGAAAAGCAGUCCGAUCGACGUCUCCAGCAGAUGCCCAGCGGCCGAACAACACGGACAGUCGUCACAGAUCCCCGACGCGAGCAAACCUGGACUACUCUGGGAAGGAUGCAGCUUUUAAUUCACCAGACACUCCACCGCCUGGCACAUUGUGCAUCACUCUGAUUCGUAGGGAUCCCGCGUCGGGGAGCCAGUGGAAUGUGGGAAGCAUAUCUCAUCCAGGCACAUCUUCCAGGGACACCCCUCUCCGUGCGGUUGAGAUUGAGCUGACCUCUCCCGGAUACAGCAAGUUCGCCCGACUGGAGGGGGGUGGAGGUCACUCUUUCCACCGACGAGUUGCUUACAUGAUCGCCCCCAGCGGUGAAGGAUCGUCGAUGACGGGGCGAAGAAGUAGCUCCAAUGAGUUGCCUUCCGGCGCUGGCACUCCAACGAGCAAGAAACCCCGUCAGGCCUAUGCAUUCAUCUCGCCGUGGCAGGGGAUGUGCUCUUUCAGCAAUGGUUUGGACGGUAAAAGCCUACGGUGUCGACAUGUUCUAUCAUCUGCAAACUCCUCGAUUCCGGGAGUCGCUGCAGAUGUUGCGGAAAUACGAUUCAAUCUCCCUUGGGGCAUUCUUCGUUCUAGAGAUCCAAACAAGCAACCAUGCGAAGUUUCAGAGGUUUCUCCCCAGAUUUCCGCGGCACAUCCGCCAUGGAGACGAAGUUUUCAAGCUCUGACCAACAAAGCUCGCAUACCACUCUCCCAUAGCGACCGCGGUGGUGACGCGCCAUUGCCCAGGCUCAAAUCAGCCGAAGAGCGUCGUAUGAGUCUUGAUCUUGGUCGUGAGAAAGCCGGAGGAGGAUUCAAAGGUCACAGUGCGAAGCUGGGGAAACUGAUAAUCGAUGAUGAAGGCUUGAAGAUGUGCGACUUGGUAGUAGCAGCAUGUAUGGGAGUUUGGUGGCAGCAUUAUGCAGGGGACUCGUGGAAUUGA